AUGCCACCUCCGCUCCCCUCCCAACAUCGCGGAAUGACCGCGAACCCACUUAAACCUGUGGGUCGGUAUCGCCCCGGAAAGGCGAUCGCGGAGGAGCCAUCAUCUGAGGAGGAAGAAGACGAAGAGGAGGAUAUCGAGGCGCAAAAGGAACAAGAACGAAAGCGUCGAGCAGAAGAGCAGCGGCGAAGACAACAAGCGCCCAAAGCGAGCUCAUUCCCCGCAGCUGCCAUUAAAAAGGCUCAAGAAGAGGAUGAGGAUGAAGAGGGAUUCGUGACGGAUGAAGAAGAGGAUGAAGCAUCCCCACCACCUGCAAAGGCUACCCCCCAGGCCCGAAUCGAUACCGCGCAAGCUUCGGUGCCACGAACCGCGCCUAGCGCAAAGCUUGCAGCAAGUGACGAGGAGGAAGAGGAUGACGAAGAGGAGGAGGAAAGCUCCGAGGAAGAGAGCAGUUCAGAGGACGAAGCGCCACGACGCAUGUUCAUCCGGCCUACAUUCAUUAAGAAAGAUAAACGAGGCAAUGCGGGUGGACAAGGCGCAGAAGCACCAGCCCGAGCACCGAUCAGUGGCGCCGACUCAGCCGCAAAUAAUGAAGCUCGACGAGCUCAACGUCAAGAACUAGCAGAUCAAUUGGUCCGAGACCAACUCGAGAAAGACGCGAUCGCAAAGUCCGCCGCAAACAAAGCCUGGGACGACGACGACGACCUCGCCGAAGCCGACGAAGAAACCGCCAUCGACGACCGGGACGAUAUCGACCCAGAAGCCGAAUACGCGGCCUGGAAACUGCGCGAACUAAAGCGCGUCAAGCGCGAGCGCGAAGCCAUCGAAGAAGCAGAGAAAGAGCGCGAAGAGAUCGAGCGCCGGCGCAAUCUCACCGCCGAAGAACGAGACCGCGAGGACCGCGAGUUCAUCGCCAAGCAGAACGAGGAGCGCGAGGCAACCCGCGGCCAGACCGGGUUCAUGCAGCGCUAUUUCCACAAGGGUGCUUUCUUCCGGGACGAUCAAGUGCGCGAGGGUCUGGACCAGCGGAAUGUCAUGGGUCGGCGGUUUGCAGACGACGUCGCGGUCGAAACGCUGCCUCAGUACAUGCAGAUUCGCGAUAUGACCAAGCUAGGAAAGAAGGGACGCACGCGCUAUCGCGAUUUGAAGACGGAGGAUACGGGACGGUUUGGCGAGGGCUAUCAGAAUCGGAGGCGGGAGAAUGCUCCUCCUGUUGGAAUCACGGACGAGCGGUUUAUGCCUGAUCACGGCGAUGAUCGGGAUCAUGGACCGACGGGACCGACUGGUGCUAAUGCCAGUGCUGUACGGCCGCGGCGGAGGUCGAGAUCGCGGUCUCCUAGGAGAGACCGGCGCGAAGACAGGAGUCGAUCGAGGGAGCGGAGGAAACGUAGCCCGUCGCCAUAUGAUGACCGGGAUAAACGUCGACGAGUAGAGAGCUCUUAA